CCUCGACAACGCAUUUAUCAACAGUUGAUAAAUUCGUAAAAUUGCGGUGUUUCACGCACAGAUAUUCGCAGUGCGUCGGUAAACAUGGGUCGCUUCUUUGAGAUCCGAUACGCUGAGUUGCGCUGCCGAAAAUGUAAGAAAACGUUCUGCUGUAAAGAUUGUCGGCUCAAGCACGAACAGAAAAUCCAUUUCAUUGAUCCGGAGUGCCACGUAUGCGUCUACGGCAAGAUCUCGUUCUCAUCCGCGCGGGCCUCCACCCAAAUGUUGCAGCAUCUUCAGAUGCACCACUGGCCGAUGCACUGUGUAAAGUGUUCUAAAAUCAACACUGCGGAGGAUAUGGGACGACACUCUUCCAAAUGUCCAGGUAUGGCAACAGUCGUCGUGGACGAAAAGCAAGCCCAGUAUCUUUCACCAGAGUUGAUGGGUAAUAAGGCUAAGUUCGAGAGCGUGUUGGCGAUGACCAGCACCCCGAUGGCCAACAAUCAAAUGGGCAUUAAAGUCCCUGAUGAUAUAACUCCUGUGGAUUCGGAUCGCGCUGCACCACAGAUGGAAAGGAUCACCAAGAGUGAAAAGAAAGUCACAUUUCUGACUACCCCCGCGCUGGAAAACAUACGUAUGAAGAGGAAAAAUCCAGAUAACCUUCUGAAGUCAUCCCUGAAAAAUUCAAUCCGUCUGAACGAUUCGCAGGCCUUCUUUUCGCUGUCCGCAAUAGAGGAGAGUAGCAGCUUCAAGCCUGCAAAGGAUAAGAUAAUCGUAGAACCAGUCUCAGGCGCAAAGGAGUCUGAAAGAUCAAAUCCUAAGCGCCUCAGUCGUUCAAUGAGUGAAACUAUGUGGAUGUCCGCCAUUAAUACCAGUUUAGAUUUGGAGAAUGUCAACGAUAAGAUUAUUCCCCAGAACGCGAGCCUUCACCUAUCCUUGCAAGAUUCCCACGCCGACUGUUGCAAUUCCGUCCAAGACGCCGGAACUAGUUACGACGCCUCGCCCCCGAAAGCUGGUGUUUGGGCAUCAGUGACCUCGCUAUUCAAGAAUGUCAAGAACGCGGUAAAGUCGUUUGCGCACCCGAUGGAACUGCACACCUCGCUCAAGCGCAACCGAUCAAUGACAGACAGCGAAACGGACUUAGAGGAACGAAUCCUGAAGCGAUACAAGCUGUACGAUGUCAAAUGCCGUCCGCCGAUUCGGCCCAACUGGAAACAUUUGGUUCCCAAAGUGGAUAAAUGCAUUCAAACUGAUUUUACGAUGAGGACUAAAUUCGAUGUUGGUGUUUACUUUAUAUUUAGUCUAUUUUCAUGUUUAUAUGCGUAUUAUUUUGCGUCCAUGCUGAGCACGUUUACUUAUUUUGUGAUGCCGUUUGUUGCUGAAUUAUUUAUAAAUUAUACAAGUUGAUCAUUUUGUGUCUUA